UUUCGUUUAGAAAGUAGGCUAUUCGCGAAUCGCUGAGACGGGUAUAUUUGUACGAGAAAUGCACGACAAAAGCCAACAACGGCACACUUCCAGCGCAUCCAGGGGCUCGUCGUUUUUUAUCGAGAAUCUACUUGGCUCUUGUAGGACAGAAAAGCCCGCCCGUCCUUCGAAGGAUAACCAUGGCACGGAGCGGGAGACGGCUCUUAAAGGCGGCACUGAAGCGCAUCUCAAGGAAAUGUGCAGUCAGGCGUCCAGCGCAGGCUUCAAGACAGGCAUUUGUCGGAGCACACGGUCGCCUCUGGAUUGGUAUGAACGGGAUGCCUCAGAGAGUCCCAAAGAAGAAACCCGCCAUUCCAGUGAGCACUGCGGCAGCGACAGGACCAGCCCCGUGACCCCCGAGCCUCCCGGCGGAGCGGCGGACCGAAAAGCGAGCGAGCGCGCGGGUGGCGAGGGGGAGGACGCUCCGCAGCUUUUCGACGAGCGCUCGGGACCCGACGCCUCGGAGCAGGGCACGGCCCGGAAGAAAAAGACCCGAACUGUGUUCAGCAGAAGCCAGGUGUUCCAGCUUGAAUCCACUUUCGACAUGAAGAGAUACCUCAGCAGCUCCGAGCGCGCCGGGCUCGCGGCCUCCCUGCACCUGACCGAGACUCAGGUGAAAAUCUGGUUCCAGAACCGCAGAAACAAAUGGAAAAGACAGCUGGCCGCGGAUUUGGAGGCUGUUAAUUUUAACCACAGCUCCCAGCGGAUUGUGCGGGUGCCCAUCUUGUACCACGACAAAGCGACGCCCGUGUCGACCCUCAGUUUUAACGUGUCUCAAGUCUCGCCACCGAUCAUGGGCUUCUCCAAUUCAGUGAACUAUCCUUUAUCGUCUUUCGCUCAUUCGAUGAAUUUAAUGACAUCGCAAAUGACAGGCCUUGUCUGAUCAUCUUUAGCUAUACCGACAAGCGGUCCAAGGACGGUUAAACCGAACGAGGUGCAAUAACUGAUGUAGCCUAUACACAUCCUGCUGGAAACUGCAGUACCGAUGUCUCCUUCUUCCAAAGAAAAGAAAACACCUAUUACAAGAUCACAAGAUAAACGACAAGCUCGUGAUGUCACCGUUACCUGUCUAUAAUAGUCU